UAACUACCCUCUUUUCUCUCUCUACUGUACCAAAACCCUAAUCACUUUCUCCGAUUCAAUUUUACAACCUCAUUCCCUUCCUCAUUGUCUCGCUUGAUCAGCCGAUUCAAUUUGUAUUUCCUUUUCUAGAUACAGACAACUGAAGAAACGCCGCCGCGAUGUACAAGAACCAGCUACAAGAGCUGGCACAGAGGAGCUGUUUUAAUCUCCCUUCCUAUAUAUGUAUCAGAGAAGGUCCGGAUCAUGCUCCGCGCUUCAAAGCCAUUGUCAACUUUAAUGGCGAAAGUUUUGAGACUCCUAACUUUUGUUCAACUCUUCGUCAGGCUGAACACUCUGCCGCUGAGGUUGCUCUUAACUCUCUCUCAUCUCGCGGUCCAUCUCACUCACUCGCCGCUAGGAUCUUCGAUGAGACAGGUGUAUACAAAAAUCUGCUACAGGAGAUUGCACAAAGAGUUGGAUCUCCCUUGCCCCUAUACAAAACUUUCAGGUCUGGCCUUGGACACCUACCUGUCUUUACGGGCAUUGUAGAAUUAGCUGGAAUUGCUUUCACAGGAGAGCCAGCCAAAAAUAAAAAGCAAGCCGAGAAAAAUGCUGCUUUAGCUGCUUGGACUUCUCUGAAACAAUUGGCCAGAGAAGAUACAAGUUCAUCAUCAAGUGAAGCAGAGAGCACGGAUGAGCUAGAACAGGUUAAAAUAGCAAGAGCCUUAGUGAGGUAUCGCAUAAAGGAAAAGAUAGGGUUGAAUAACAAAACUCCUAUUCCAUUUGUAAACAAAUUUCAAAUCCAGAACCCCACAAGACGACCAUCAUUAACAAAUCCACAACAACGUCCUCUUUUAACUAGUUCAAAAAUCCUUCCAUUAAUAUGCCAAAACUCAGCCCCUCCUCCUCGCAUCAGACCAAUGUUGUCUCAACCGGCUAACAAUAUCCUCCCGUCUUUCGCACCUCCUUAUGUUCCCAUAAGCCAUUUCAGGAGACCUAACUGUGGAAUUGCUCCUCCGGUCACAGUUAGAACUGCAGUACCAGUUUAUUCUGCUCCACCACCCGUAUUAAGGCGGGCUAUCCCAGUUUAUAGUGCACCAGCACCGAUUCAGAAGGAGAAUUCAGCAACUAUUCCUGUGAAGGUCGAGGGUAUAUCGUGUAAAGAAAAUCUCGUAUCUUCUUUCCAACUUGUGAGUCUAGAGGAAAAAGAGGAAGCUGGAAUGAAGGAAAACAAUGGAGUUCAAGCACCUAAUAAGGUAUAACAUCUUUGCACCAGGUGAAACACUGAUGAAUAUUAUGAGAGAUAUUUGCUUUCUUUCUUUCUGUAUGUUUAAUGUUAACAUUUCUUUCUUUUUCUUCUUUUAAUAUUGAAUCGUGACAAUAGUGUUAUAUUAUGUGCCCAUGCAAUUUUGGUUUUAGAAACUUAUAUAAAGCUAAAAUUGUUAAAAGAAUGUAUUAAAUCUCUUCUAGAUUGAAAUUUAAAUUUUAGUA